CUUGCAUUGAGUGUCAUAUACAAUAAGCUAUUUAAAUUACUUAAAUGGAUCAAAAGUUGGACCAGAAAUUUGCAAUGGAACUGUCGACCAUCGAGAAUGGGCUACCAGAGUCUAUAAACUUAAUAGAACAAGAUGAUAUUCCAACUAAUAAUGAUCCUAUCAGAGCCCUAAGACUUAUUGUAAUGGUGAUAAUAUUAAAUGUUUGCUUAAUUGUGGGAACUGUUCCCAUCUUCAUGUAUAUGAACACGCUAACCGAAGUGAUUAGAGAACGGUUUUUGGACUUUAUACUUGUUGGCGGAGGUCUAAUUACAAUUCCGAUGUUAUACAGGAUGGGGGAUCUUUCGAAGGGCCGACCUAAUUUUUACUACAUUUAAUCCAUAAUCAACGGAUUUAUGUGAAGCAAUAUGAUUUGGCUCCAAAUUCUAAUUUACGUUGACUUUAUAUUCCGAUUUUCCU